AUUAUAUUAUUGGGGUUUUUUUAUUCAGAUUAUUUUUUGGUGGUUACAUGAUAGUAUUAUGUAGUUUCGCCUGCCAAUUUUUUGUGGACCAGUUGAAAUUAGGAUGUUUAAGCCUCUCAAUUUUUAUGGAUUAUAAACUUAUGAACUAUUAGUACAGUAAUUAUCUUUUUGUUUUAUUUUUUGUGGAUGAUGAAAUUUUGAAGUUUUAGCAUCUUAAUUUUUGUAGUUUCUUGGAUUUUUAUGCUUUAAAUAUUGGAUUUUGUGGGAUUGUAAAUUUAUGAACUACUAGAACAGUAAUAGUUCCUUUUCUUUCCACCCCUAAUUUCCAUUUUAUUUAUUUAUUAUAGGGUUGUAUAAUUUUUGAUUUGUUUGUGUUAUAUAAAAUUGAAGUUUUAGCCUCUUAAUUUUCUUGGGUGCUUGGAUUAAUAUGGUAUAAAUAUUGGAUAUUUGGGAUCAUAAAUUUAUUAACUAUAUUAGCACACCAAUGUUCAUUUUGAUUUGUUUCGUUGUGGAUGAUGAAAUUUUGAUGUUUUAGCCUAUUUGUGAGUGCUUGGAUUUUGAUUACUCCUAUUAUGCAAUUCAAAUCGUAAGAACACUGCAGCAUUGCUGGAUAGUGAUGAUACAGAUAGUCUAAGCUCAGCAUCAUCUUCGGUCCGUUCCGAUAUGAUUUCAGUUGGGUUUGGUGCGGAUGUUGAGAAGGAUAACUUAUUGGAUCAAUCUCUUGAUGCUUUGUAUGAGAAAAGGGGCUCUACUAGAGAGAAGGCUUUGGAAUCUAUUAUUGAAGCAUUUAGUCAGGAGUUACAACAUGAAUUUGUUGAGAAGAAAUGUGCAACUCUGCUUCAUCAGUGUUUGAAUUCUAUCAAGAAAGGCUCUGUGAAGGAGAUAAGUUUGGCUUCUCAUGCAAUUGGGUUAUUGGCAUUGACAACUGGUUCCGGCAAUAAUGCACGUGAGAUACUGGAGGAUUCAGUAAUUCCAAUAUCACAAGCUCUUAGGUCAAGAUCUGAAUCAUCAAAAGUUGCAUCAUUGUUGGAUUGUUUGGCGGUCAUCACCUUUAUUGGUGGGGAAGAGCCAGAAGAAACUGAGCGGUCAAUGCAGAUAAUGUGGGACGUUGUGCAUCCUAAAUCUAGCACCAAUGUAGUGGCAACUAAAACUUCACCAGCUGUCACAGCUGCAACGGUAUCAGCAUGGUCAUUCCUUCUCACAACAAUUAAUGCAGGGAGUCUAGGUUUGAAAGAUUGGCAAGAGUCCAUUGCUUAUUUGUCUACACUGUUGGAUAAGGAUGAUCGCUCUGUGCGUAUUGCAGCUGGUGAAGCACUGGCUGUGAUAUUUGAAGUUGGAGAUUUUGAAAGGUUUUCUGGUGAAAAAGUUGGUUCCGGCAAUAAUACUGACAAUGAUAUACCCGAAGGGUAUAUACACUUGAAAGGAUUGAAAGGCAAAGUCCUGAAUCAAGUGAGAGAGCUUGCUUCGGAGGCUGGUGGCAAAGGAGCAAUCAAGAAGGACCUUAAUAACCAAAGGAACAUGUUUCGGGAUCUUUUAGAUUUUCUGGAGGAUGGUUAUUCCCCGGAAACCUCAAUAAAAAUUGGUGGUGAGACUUUAACCACAUCUUCAUGGUCAGAGCUUAUACGGCUGAACUUUCUGAAGCAUUUCCUUCGGGGAGCAUUUGUGAAGCAUAUGUUGGAAAAUGUAUUCCUCCAUGAGGUUUUUAGAUUUACUCCCAAGAAAAAGACCGCUUGGGGCAAUGAGGAUUAUUCAUUGGAUAAACUGAAUGAAAAGAGAUUGUACAAGUCACCAAAUUCUGCAUUGGCUAAAGCACGAACGCAAUACAUGAAUAAACAGCGAAUGAUGCUAAAGGAUCGAAAGACUGGUCAUUUUGCUGCUGCAUACAGUGAAGAAUAGAUCCACACAGCAACAAGCUAAUUGUUUCUAAAAUAGAAGUUGUCCUGGUAGUUAGCUCUCAGCCUCACAUUUGUAAUCUUGGUGUAUCUUAUGUAUGGCCCAAGAAGCCAAGACCAUGUAUUAUUUGCAAUUUUAUUCUCAUGAUAUUUUUUUUUUUUGAAUUGUACAACUCUGAUUAUUGAAUAAAAUUGGUGAUUUAGUAA